UGUUUUGAAACUCCGUGCUAAAUUUUAGUCGGACGGCAUAAUCCCUUCGUUUUUUCUUAGGGACCUUGAGCGCGGCGCUGCUGUCACAUUCAACAAUUUCCAUUCAUCAAACUUAGACCUAAUACUAUGGUGUUCUGUUGUUGCGGAAUGAGGUGACGCCUUGAUGGAAACAAGCCUGCCGCUGGAGUACAUAGACAGCGCAGCGCAUACAUGGUCAGUCACAGUGAUAAGAAGAGAGUGAACCCCCUGUGCCAUGGAAGGUAUCCAGUCAAGACCACAUUCAUCAGUAUCCUGUGGGACCGAUGAAGGACUCAGCCCACUAUGCAACCAUGCUGGGUCACACCUCAAUGUUGACCAGAUGCUGCAGCUUGUCCCAAAGCGCUCGGACAGCCCCAGUCACAGUGUGACAGAAGAAACGGUCUUCAUUCCACCUAGCGUGACUUCAGUGGACGCCUGCACCAACACUGACCCGCCAGACAAAUGCUGCGAAGCGGCGCAAAGACUUUGCCCCCCCAGGGGUAUAUUUGCUGCCCUCAUAACCAAAGUGACCAUGGCCGCUGUGCUGUUUGGAGUGGUAUGGUCGAUCACAGUGAAGGAGUGCGAGCCAGGGGGCAACUUGUUUGGCAUCGUCGUGCUCUUCAUUACCGCAGUCAUAGCCGGCAGGAUAGUUGGCCUUAUCCAUCUCCCAAAACUACCUCCAUUCCCACCACUACUCGGCAUGCUGCUGGCAGGCAUCCUCCUCAGGAACAUCCCCGUGGUCACUGACGCAGUCAAAAUCGACAAAGACUGGUCGGCUUCAUUAAGAAGUAUUGCCCUGGCUGUCAUUCUUGCCAGAGCUGGGCUGGGCCUGGAUGGAUCAGCCCUGAAGAAACUGAAAGGUGUCUGUGUGCGGGUGGCCAUAGGACCUUGCAUUAUUGAGGCCUGUACCAUAGCUGUCGCCGCACACUUCAUCAUUGGCCUGCCCUGGGUCUGGGGCUUCAUUCUAGGGUUCGUCUUGGGGGCGGUUUCACCGGCGGUGGUGGUGCCCACCAUGCUCCUGCUGGCGAAGGAUGGUUACGGUGUGGAGCAGGGGGUGCCAACCUUACUGAUGGCAGCGGGCAGCUUUGAUGACAUCCUGGCCAUCACCGGCUUCAACAUCUGCCUCGGCAUGGCCUCUGCAACAGGGUCAACCUGGUUCAGCCUGAUGCGAGGUGGGCUGGAGGUACUGGGGGGAUUUGUUGCCGGAAUUCUCCUGGGCUUCUUCUUGCAAUACUUUCCCAGCAAAGACCAGAAACAUGUGGUGAUGAAGCGCUCCUUCUUUGUGCUGGGCCUGUCUGUGUUUGCUGUGUUUGGCAGUAACGAGGCUGGCUACCCGGGCUCCGGGGGUCUGUGUACACUGGUGCUGGCCUUCGUGGCGGGACUGGGCUGGGACGAGACAAAGACGGCUGUGGAAGACAUUGUGGGUAGAGCUUGGGACAUCUUCCAGCCUCUUCUCUUCGGUCUCAUAGGGGCUGAGAUCACCUUCUCCAAGCUAGACGGUCACACUGUUGGGCUAGGUAUUGCUUGCCUUCUUAUUGCGCUGACUGUUCGUGUUCUCUUCACAUUUUUCAUGGUGACGUGCGCUGGCUUCAAUUUCAAAGAAAAGAUCUUUAUUGCAAUAGCCUGGAUGCCAAAAGCCACGGUGCAGGCAGCUAUUGGGUCCACGGCACUUGACAUGGUUCGCAAAAAGGAAGAGGUGGAUGCAGAGCUGGAGGGGUACGGGAUGAACGUGCUAACGGUGGCCGUGCUCUCCAUCUUGAUCACGGCGCCCAUCGGAGCCCUGCUGAUUGGCCUCACCGGGCCAUACCUCCUUCAGAAGCCCAAGAACCCCUCUGCCUGGGGUCUGGGGGGUAGACAAUCAACAGACACCCCAGUCACCUAUGAGAGUGCCAUCUGAGGCGCACUCCAGUGACUGCCACUGGAUGGACAGGGGAGGGAGGUGUAUGGUGACCAGUACCACCACAGGAAGAAAGGAUAUGCGAGUCUCGACAAGACAGUCCCUCUCCAUCCAGGGGUUACCUACCUACAUGUUUGACUGGGGCCUUUGCUUACAUGCAGCUGGUACAGGUGAAUCACUGUGUAUAAUUAAUCCUGUCCGUCAGCUGACAUGCUUCAUAAUGAGCUUAGACAACUGACUGUCUUCCCACAUGUAUACAAUGCGCAAUCACCAUAACACAAGGCAUUCUGCAGCAUUCGGCUAACCUCACUUCAGCAAACGUAUGCACAGUUAUCUAUUCAGAUUUUAACACACUAACACAGACACGCAUAGUAUAUGUAUAUGCAGUGCGCAAUAGCUGCUUAAACCAAUUCAGGAUGUCAUUGUUCCUGAUCUUGGGACCCAAACAAUAUAAAAAGGUGUGUGUUUUAUGGUUUAUUACACUGCUCCAUUUUUUUAACAGCACAUGCUUUGUGCAAAACAGUGAUGCCUCAUAUUUGAACAGGUAACUUAUUUAAAUGUUGAUAAUUUGUUGUUUUUUUUAAACAACAUCUCUUGUCAACUUUCAUUUAAAUAAUAUGCUGUAUCAGUGUCUUGUACAUUUAGUUUAUAUUUAUAUUACAAAGACUAACGUUUCUAUAAAUAUGGUUGAAUUGGUUUUAGAUGUAAAUGUUGUUGCUGUCAAAAUUACUUUCAAAGAAGUGUAGAGUAAUGUCGGAAAACAAUGCAAUCGAAGUGAAUGUCUCUUUAGGAAGAAUGGAAGUGGAUACAUUUUUUAAUUUAAUAUUAUUUAUACUAAACUAUUGACAAUAGCCAUUUUACCCCCCAAAAUCCUGUGUUGUGUCACUGUGUUAAACGAGAACACCCCUGGGUCAUAACUUGUUUUAAUUGCGGCCUUUGUGUUAUGGUUGUGCUUCAAGUAAUUUUACCAUUUGUGAUGCUUAUAUUAUUUCAGGUUUCUCAUUGGCUCAGAUUUUUUUGUUGUUAUUGUUUACUUUUGCAUGCAAUUGUACACAGUGUAUGGUUUUACUGCUGUGGUGACGUUAGACGUAAAGGUACAGUAUGACUGAUAUAGUGCCCUCUAGCGGUGACACGGCACACUGCAAUUGAGUACCUCUACUUUCUGUUGACGUGUAGAAGCUGCAAUAACAGUGUGAUGCCAAAGGUGGGAGAGGUGCUUUUAAUGUUGGUGUGUAGGUUUGCCUGUUCCUGUGUGUGUAUGAUGCAUCAUGGUGGCACAUAAUUUGUGGAACAUUUAACUGUACUCUGUGUACCAAAGAGUUGCUUUAAGCUGUCAAAACAGCUUGGUCAUUACACGCAAAUUAUACUGAAAACAUGAACUCAAAGCUGUCUGUUCAUAGAUCUCCUCAAUUACAGCAUACUGUACCUUUUAUUUACUGUAUUGUAAAGAUGGUGUGUGUUCCCUAGAACUUGCUGUGUUUACAAAAGCACUUAGUUGUGUUGUACAAUACAAUGUCAUAUGGUUUAAGACAGGUAAAUAAAGCCACAUAUGAAAUGAA